UGAUUUCAAACUUUAUCUCUUUCAGAUUUAAAGAACUAAAAGGAGAAAUCUUAUCAAAAACUGAAAAGCAGUAAUAAAAGUCAUGAUUGACUAUAUUUAUAAUGAAAACCAGUGAGAUAUUUGGAGGGAAAUGCAUUCACUUGCAGUUAUUUUUCAACAUCAUAAAAUUUCUCCAAAAGAAAUUCUUUCUCUCUCUGAUGACUUAGAGGAUUCUGAUAUGAGUGCAGUAGUAUCAGGAACAUGGUUAGACCACAUUCCUGACCACGACACCAGGGGAGACAAAACUGUUAGCCUCUGAAAUCUACGACAUUCUUCAGUCUUCCAGUAUGUCUGACAUGGACAAUGUAAACGAGAUGAAUUCUCGGCGUCGGAAAGCUCAGUUUUUCCUGGGAAGUACAAAUAAACGCGCAAAAACAGUGGUUUUACAUAUAGAUGGCCUUGACGAUUCGUCUCGGAGAAACCUGUGUGAAGAGGCUUUGCUGAAAAUUAAAGGAGUCAUCAGCUUUACCUUUCAAAUGGCAGUUCAAAGAUGUGUAGUCCGAAUCAGAUCAGAUUUGAAAGCAGAGGCGCUGGCAACUGCAAUAGCAUCAACCAAAGUUAUGAAAGCCCAGCAAGUAGUGAAAAGUGAAAGUGGAGAAGAGAUGCUGGUUCCAUUUCAAGAUACCCCUGUUGAAGUAGAACAGAAUACUGACCUCCCUGAGUAUUUGCCAGAAGAUGAAAGUCCCUCAAAGGAGCAGGACAAAGCAGUGUCCCGGGUUGGAUCUCACCCAGAAGGUGCAGCUAGCUGGUUAAGCACAGCUGCAAAUUUUCUCUCCAGAUCCUUCUAUUGGUGACUGUGAGUCGAAGCUAAAGGACUGUGUGAACCAGCAGGGGGUCCAGUUUUCCUUUGGUGUGGUGAACUGCCAAGUGCAUUUUGCAAUAAGUUAUCGCAACAGAUUUUUAGACUACACAAAACAUAUGCUAUGUUUUACAUUUUAUUGGACAUCUGGCCUUUUAGGCCAGUCAGAAGGAUGUGGGUCUCAAAUCAAGACUCAUCCAUUCCCUUGUCUCCUACCCCUGUUCUCAUAUGUUUUAUUGCCUCACAUUUUAAUAUGGUCUACCCAAUGUUUUUGAGUGUAUAAAGCAUUGCAUUAAAAUUAAUGAUAAAACAGAACCCAUUCAGUAGAAAACUCAGGAUAUCUGUGUAAGGAAAUUAUUAGCCUAAAUUUUGCAUAGAUUGAACUGCCUUUUUGUUUGCCUUAUUUCACAUUUUAUAUUUCCUCUGAAAGGUCUCUUCAGAGGGAAAACCUGAUAUUUGCCAUUUAUUUAUUUUUUAUUUUUUUUCAACAGUGUUCAGAGUCAGUGUAUCGAGAUUCUUCUUGUUGCAUUGCAAUGGGCAUUGCUUCAAACUUGAAUUUUUAUCACCCUUAACAUGUUGUGCAUUUUAAUUUGUCAGCCCUUAACCACUCUCAAUCUGGACUUAACUAAUAAGAAAUUAUGACAAAAGUGUGUCCAUGUAUUUGUACAGUAAACAACCCACCAUAAAAAAAUGCUUGAAUAAUGAUGGUCGUGACUUUCUAAAUCUAAUCAGAAACCACUAAAUACAAGCAAGGUUGGUUAAGAAUCACUGGGUUUCAAAGGUUGCUUUCUGCUCUGGCGAUAUCUUGUUGCAAGUUUUAUCUGUGGUAGAAAGUGUGGUGAUGGCCUUAUUCAGAAAUUGUUUUCAUUUGAUAAUGAGAGCUGAGAAUUGAAGAGGGCUGGAGGGAAUAGAAUACCUAUAUGCCAUAGUGCCACUGCCUUACACUUCAGACUUUUGUUGCUUGGUGGAAAUGAUACAUUGCCUUCAGUAGGGUGCUUUUGUAUUCCACCUUUAUGUCCUGUGGCUGCAGACGCAAGAUCUGAAGCAACGUGGAAGCUGCCUGUGGAGCCAGCAAAAGCCGGCAUGUGCCUGAUGUCUGGGGAAGGGUAUGCAUCUUGGAAAAGUCAAAAAAGGUUCCCCCAAGUGCCCUAACUUAGACAGCCAACAAACCAACCCAGAGCUGGGCCCUUGGUUUUGCCUCAUGUAGACAGUUUAAAAGUUCACUGUAGGUUGAACUUAAACGAGCAUCUCACCUCUACUUAGCUUCCAGAAAAGGUAAUGCAGUCAUGAAGGUUUGGUAGGCAAAAUAGGGAGUAUAGCAAUUAGGUUAUUGAAAUCUUCAUGGAUCUAAGGACAAUGCUAGUACUGCUGUUUUGCUCCACAGGAAUAGAGCUAAGAAAGUGCUACUCUAAAAGCUGAAAUCUUGCGCAAAUUUAAACAGAAAUAAGGCCUACAAUUCUCAGCAUGCCCCAGUUAGUGUGGCUGUUUGGGGGAUGCUAGCAAUUGUAGGGCUUUUUUGUUUGUUUAAACUUUUAAUCUACCCCAAGUAUUUUUGUGGUGUGAGCCAUAUAGAUACUCUCUGUAUAAGUGACUUGAAUGUACUGAGGCAAAGCUUUGCCCUUUGGAAAGUCUUAUUUCUGUGUCUUGUACAGCAGCAGCAAUUACGUAGCAUUAAGAGAUGGAAACAUUGUUAAAGGAAACAAUGUGCAGGGGAGGGGAAGUGUAAGACAACAACAGUAAGUCAAAGUUCACUUAAAUUCAGUGUCCUUCUGAGAUAAAGAGCUUACUUUCAGAUUAGACUAUUUUCAUUUCUCCUUUUGAAACGUAUCUAUUUUAUUUGAAGUUUACACGCACAGAAUACAAGCUUUCUAAGGCAUGUAUUGUAUUAAAUAUGUAUUACUAAGCAUAUUGCUGUCUAGAAUGUUACAAUACCAAAUGUGUUUGCGAAGCCCUCCACUGUAUAGCCAUGGAUGUAACGUUUACUUUUUCUUUUAACUUCCCUCUCUCAGUCUUUCGCUCUCUCUUUCUUGUUCUCUUUCUGCAUUGCCACCAAUCCACUGCACUUCAUGACACACCCAUUAGGAUAUUAAUGGUUCAGUACAAGUAAAUAUUAAAACUUGUGUAUUCAGUUUAUAGGUAUGCUCUUCUUUUUGGUCAGUAUUUGCAGCUCUCCCAGUUGAAGUAUAUGUAAAAGAGCUUUUGAAAUACUGUAAAAUAAAAGUGUAAUAUAAUUAA